AUGGGGUCAACCAACGAACCUUCGGUACAACAUCACUGGGAGCUGGAGCCAGUCUUUCGCCGGGUCGCCCAUACUGCUGCUACGGAACCGGCAGCAACCAACAGCCUCGUGCAGCCUACCAAUGUUGCACAGGACCGGUUUCAAGCGAGUCCGGUCCGGCAGCCCGUCGAUAGCCGUGCCGUAGGACAUGCUACACCUGGAACAGAAUCGACAUCAGUACAACGCCGCUCUCGUCUCAUCAUUGCCUUGGACUUCGGAACAGCCUACUCCUCUGUAUCAUAUGCGAGAAUCGAUCCCGGAGUAGACCCAAAAGCAAUCGCGAAGGACGAGAUUCGAUGCAUUAACAAUUACGAGAGUGCCGACGGAGGUUCAGAUGCACGAGCGAAUGCUCAGGCGGAUAAUGUUCCUACCAAGCUUCUCUACCUUGGCCAGAAGGUUCCUGGCCUUAGCGAUUCAGAAACCGAUGAGGACUCGGACGACGGCUACCUCAGCAACAUAGACGUUCAGCCCGUCUCGCAGCGUGAACAUGACGGUCAUGGACGGCGAAAGCGAGGUAGAAAGCCGGCUAUCUGUACCUCAAGGCGCAAAUCGAAGCCUGCCUGGUCAAGGCCAGAAGGGCUCAAUGUGCACUGGGGAUUUGUUGUGACAGCCUAUCAAAACAAUCAGCACGGACUGGCACGAUACGAACAAAAGGAGGCCGUAGAGUUGAUCAAGCUCACACUAGCACGGGACAAUGGCCAAGACGAGGAGCUACAAUCCCAAACUCGAGAUCUCGCGGCGCAAAUUGAGCGACUGAAAUCAAGAUCCAUUGUUGAAGACCGAGACCACUUGAUGUGCGAUUAUCUCGCACGGCUUCUUCAGCACGCCAAGGCUAUACUCCUUGGGAAGGGUCUCCUGGAAGGGGCUCAGCUGGAGUAUGUCAUGUCUGUCCCUGUCGCUUGGUCUCAAAGCGCCUGUCGUACCAUGCAUAAUGUCUUGGCGAGAGCAAUACAGAGUUGUAGACUCGAUACGCUGGCACAGAACCUCAUUCCGGACCUUUUCAUCGUGUCCGAACCAGAAGCGGCGGCACAAUACGUGCUUGCAUCUUUGGGUAGUAAAGGUCGACUAAGACAGGGUGAAGUGUUUAUCAUACUGGAUGCUGGCGGGGGAACAGUUGACAUCACCACCUACCAGGUCACCUCGAGUAACACAGAACCACUCAGACUGCAGGGCGAAAUGAUUCCACCAGAUGGAGCCCUCUGCGGUUCGUCACUGAUCACGCAGCGAUAUCUCCAAAAGCUGAAAGCCAAGUUGUACGAGAUUGACCCAUGGGGAGAUCGAGAGCUUUUGGAAGGAUCGGCUGUAGCCAUCGCAAACAGGUGGGAUCUACUCGACAAGCCCUAUAUCGAUGUGGCGCACAAGAAGGGCAUGCGUCUGAAAUAUGGCGGGAGACAAGUGUAUAAACAACGUGAGAUCAAAUGGACGGAACAAGAGAUUCGCGAGGUCUUCGAGCCGUCUCUGAAAGGCACCAUCGAACUCCUGCAAGGACAACUCCAGCUGGCCAGAUCAAAAACCUUGAUCGUGAGCAAACUCAUCACAGUGGGGGGAUUCGGAAUGUCUCCUUCUCUGCGAGGUCGCAUCCGAGAAGUCCUGGCCUCCAGAAACGACAGUGGGGAACAGAUUGAAGCCAUUUGGCCCCAGGAAUUUUCUUCUUCAGCGGUGGCCAGGGGAGCGCUUCUACGUGCUCUAGACAAGCGAAAUGGACCAAGUCGAAUCUCACGAUCAAGUUUUGGGUUCCUACGCCACGAAAGAUAUGGUGAUGCGGAUGAACAUAAAGAGGCGGGUGCGGCGAAAGAAAUGGACCCUGUCGAUAACAUCGAGUAUGUCCGGAAUACAAUACAUUGGGUAAUACAGGCUGGCGAAGAGCUGCCUUCUCCAUUCGAGACCGAGCCAAUUCUCUCGUGUCAUACAUUCAACUCGUCAGAGACCAAGCUGCAAUGUGGCGAAAAGCUAUACGUGUCCCAACGCACCCACCGUUCGCAUUUCAAAUUCGAUCAUCCCCAGAACCAGGGCGCCGAGCUUCUCAGCGACAUCGUAAUCGACGUCAGCGAUCUCAGGAGGGAACUCCCACUGGAACCCCUGGAACCCAAGGCGGACGUGGGCGAGCGGACCAAGGUCAAAAACAAGAAUAUCCGAGUCGUUAGGUUUGAUCUUGUCGUCAGUGUUGAAGGGAAGCAGCUCAAGUUUGAGGCGCGGUGGCCGCCGGGUGCGCGAACGCCUGACGAGGUACGAAUCCGCAAGUCAGGCUAUGUCAGUCUGGCACCAAGCUUUUCGCCUGGUGUAGCGUAG